GUCAUCUACUGAAAUCCGCGUGGAGCGGACGUGCCUGAAUUGUGGGGGAAUUCGACUAAACCAUACCAUGCAGCGAUUUUUGGGAAGGAGCCUAAGGAGCCAAAGCCUGCUGCUGCGAUGUGGUCAUCGCUAUCUGGCCACCACUCCUGCGGAGGAGGUCAUAUUUCCCACCAAAUCCGACUUUCCCAGCCGCCACAUAGGACCUCGCAAGACGGAUGUGGUGGCCAUGCUGGAUACUUUGGGCUUCAAGUCCCUGGCUGAGCUCACUGAGAAAGCUGUGCCCCAGAGCAUUCAACUGAAGAGGGAACUCGACCUGGACAAACCUCUGAAUGAGCACGAGCUGAUCCGCCGCAUACGCGACAUCUCGCUAAAGAACCAGCUGUGGCGCUCCUACAUCGGCAUGGGCUACCACAACUGCCAUGUGCCGCACACCAUUAUCCGGAAUAUGUUCGAGAAUCCGGGCUGGACCACUCAGUACACCCCGUACCAGCCGGAAAUCGCCCAGGGCCGCCUGGAGUCCCUGCUGAACUAUCAGACCCUGGUGUCCGAUCUCACCGGCUUGGACGUGGCCAAUGCCUCGCUCUUGGACGAGGGAACCGCCGCCGCCGAGGCCAUGUGCCUGGCCACCAGGCACAACAAGCGGAAAAAACUUUACCUCUCCAACAGGGUACAUCCCCAGACCCUGUCCGUGGUCCAGACGCGAGCUGAAGCCUUGGAGCUGGAAAUCGUGGUGGGCCCUAUUGAACAGGCGGAUCUGCGCAGUCGCGAAUUGGCUGGCAUUCUUCUCCAGUACCCAGAUACUUAUGGUGAUGUCAAGGACUUCGAGGAUGUCGCUGCUUUGGCCAAGAAAAAUGGGACCCUCGUGGUGGUGGCGACCGAUUUGUUGUCCUUGACCCUGCUGCGUCCGCCGGCGGAAUUCGGCGCGGACAUUGCCGUGGGAACCUCCCAGCGGUUGGGAGUGCCACUGGGAUACGGCGGCCCCCAUGCCGGAUUUUUCGCCUGCAAGCAGAGCUUGGUGCGGCUGAUGCCGGGAAGGAUGAUUGGCGUGACCAGGGACAUGGACGGAAACGAUGCCUAUCGCCUAGCCCUGCAAACCAGGGAGCAGCACAUCCGGCGGGAUCGGGCUACCAGUAACAUUUGCACGGCACAGGCUCUUCUGGCCAACAUGUCGGCCAUGUACGCCAUUUACCACGGUCCGGAGGGUCUGAAGGCCAUGGCCAACCGCAUCCACCACUUCACGUUGACCCUGCACACGGGACUCCUGGGAGCGGGCCACGAGGUGAUCAACAAGAACUUCUUCGACACACUGCACAUUAGACUGGGUGGAGGUCAAUCUCUGGAGGAUCUGAAGGAGCGUGCCGAGCACAAGCGCAUUAAUCUCCGAUAUCUGGAGGAUGAAACUGUGGGCGUGGCCCUAGAUGAAACGGUCAGCGUGGCGGACGUGGACGAUCUGUUGUGGGUCUUCAAGGCAGAGGCCACUGUGGAGCACAUUCUGGCGCGUAAAGAUGUGCUUAAGAACUCGAUUGAGAACUCCAAGUUCCUGCGUACUUCGCCCUAUCUGCAGCACCCUAUUUUCCAGAGCUAUCACAGCGAAUCCCGCAUGGUGCGCUACAUGAAGAAGUUGGAGAACAAGGACAUCUCCCUGGUGCACUCCAUGAUCCCCUUGGGAUCCUGCACUAUGAAGCUGAACUCCACCACCGAGAUGAUGCCCUGUUCCUUCCGCCACUUCACCGAUAUCCAUCCUUUCGCGCCGGUAGAACAAGCCCAGGGCUUCCAUCAGAUGUUCAAGGAACUGGAGCACGACCUAUGCGAGAUUACGGGAUACGACAAUAUCUCCUUCCAGCCCAACUCGGGCGCCCAAGGAGAAUAUGCCGGCCUGAGAGCCAUCAGGAGUUACCACGAACACCGAAACGAAGGUCACAGAAAUAUUUGCCUGAUUCCCAUCUCCGCCCACGGCACAAAUCCAGCUUCUGCACAAAUGGCGGGCAUGAAGGUGGAGCCCAUUAGGAUUCUGUCGAAUGGCUCCAUCGACAUGGCACACCUUAGAGCUAAGGCAGAGGAGCACGCCCACGAGUUAUCCUGCCUAAUGAUCACCUAUCCAUCGACAAUGGGCGUAUUCGAGGAAACGGUUGCCGAUAUAUGCACCCUGAUCCACAAGCAUGGCGGACAGGUGUACCUGGAUGGAGCCAAUAUGAAUGCCCAGGUUGGGCUGUGCCGGCCUGGCGAUUAUGGCAGCGAUGUUUCGCAUCUCAACCUGCACAAGACCUUCUGCAUUCCGCAUGGAGGAGGUGGUCCUGGAAUGGGCCCCAUCGGCGUGAAAGCCCAUUUGGCACCCUACCUUCCCGGACAUCCUGUUGUCAGCCCGUUGAGCAGCGAGGAGCACAGCUUCGGCGUGGUAUCCGCCGCUCCCUUCGGAAGCUCUGCCAUUUUGCCCAUAUCCUGGUCGUACAUUAAACUCAUGGGCAGUAGGGGCUUGAAGAGGGCCACCCAGGUGGCCAUUCUCAAUGCGAACUACAUGUCCAAGAGGCUGGAGCAGCACUACAAGACUCUCUACAAGGCACCCAACUCGCAGCUGGUUGCGCAUGAGUUCAUUUUGGAUAUACGCGACCUGAAGAAGUCGGCCAACAUCGAGGCAGUGGAUGUGGCCAAGCGACUCAUGGAUUAUGGCUUCCAUGCGCCAACCAUGUCUUGGCCCGUCGCUGGAACCCUGAUGAUCGAGCCCACUGAAUCGGAGGACAAGGAGGAGUUGGACAGGUUCUGCGAUGCCAUGAUAUCCAUUCGAGAGGAGAUUGCCGAGAUCGAGGCGGGGCGCAUGGACAAGGCAGUCAAUCCACUGAAGAUGUCUCCUCACACCCAAGCUCAGGUGAUCUCGGAUAAGUGGGAUCGGCCAUACACACGGGAGCAGGCUGCCUUCCCAGCUAUCUUUGUUAAGCCAGAUGCCAAGAUCUGGCCCACUGUGGGCCGGAUCGAUGAUGCCUAUGGUGACAAGCACCUUGUGUGCACCUGUCCACCCAUUUUGCCUGAUUUAUAAGGCACUUUAGUUUUAAGACCAACAUGCGAUUUACAUUUAACUACUUCUUAAAUAAACCCCUUAAAGUAUCCUUUGUA